CGUAGCCACCCAGCUGCGGCCCCGGGAUUGGUGGGAGCCCGGGCGGCUGUGCGCGUUUCCCGAGGGGGCGUGGCAAGCCGGGGCUCAGCGGGACUGAGCUGGCGCCAUGGAGGAGUACGCUCGGGAGCCCUGCCCAUGGCGAAUUGUGGAUGAUUGCGGCGGAGCCUUCACGAUGGGAGUCAUCGGUGGCGGAGUCUUCCAGGCCAUCAAGGGCUUCCGCAAUGCCCCUGUCGGGAUUCGGCACCGGCUGAGAGGUAGUGCCAAUGCCGUGAGGAUCCGAGCCCCUCAGAUUGGAGGUAGCUUCGCAGUGUGGGGGGGCCUGUUCUCCACCAUCGACUGUGGCCUGGUGCGCCUGCGGGGCAAGGAGGACCCCUGGAACUCCAUCACCAGCGGCGCGCUGACUGGCGCGGUGCUGGCUGCCCGCAGCGGCCCCUUGGCCAUGGUGGGCUCAGCAAUGAUGGGGGGCAUCCUGUUGGCCCUCAUUGAGGGCGUUGGCAUCCUCCUCACUCGCUACACUGCCCAGCAGUUCCGCAACGCACCCCCGUUCCUGGAGGACCCCAGCCAGCUGCCCUCCAAGGAGGGGGCCCCGGCCUCGGGCUAUCACGGCUACCACUGAGGAAGUGACCGCCUCACCACCAUCCUGGGAGCUCCUCUUCGUUCUCCUCCCCGAUGAUCUACCUCGAAGGGAGGGCUGGCUCCCCGUUGGCCCUGGGACCCUCCAGAGAGGGCCUCUCCUCUCUGUUCCCUUGUCCCAGGGCGGGGUGGGGCACCCCAGCUGCCCCUCUCGCCGGGCACCCCAGCCCCACCCCAUACAUGUAACAAGCUCUUACCCCAGACUCUUCCUGUUCGCCCUGAUGAGUAUUUAAAGCCAGUUGUGAAAUGCC